AUGUGGAUGAUGGGUUGUAGUAGUGAUUGUUGUAGUAGUAAGUUCAACUUCAACUUCAACAGGUCUGAAUCUGAUUCAAUCAAUAGUCGAAAACUUCGUCCUCUCAUACCAAAGCCAACCACAAACACCACAUUUUCUACAAUGCCAAACCCUUCUUCUUAUUGCACUUGUCUUCACAAAACCAAUCUUUUUUCAUUGAAUGACCAUAUGGCUACCAUGAAGGAGCAAAGCAAGGCAGAUAUUAAUACCACAGUGGCAUUGGUGAGUGCAAGGUGGAAUCCAACUCCAGACCAACUACGUGCCCUCGAGGAAAUGUAUGAAGGCGGAAUACGAACACCAUCCGCUGACCAAAUCCAACAAAUUGCUGCAAAGCUUCGCCAGUACGGUAAGAUUGAAGGCAAGAAUGUGUUCUACUGGUUUCAGAAUCACAAAGCCAGGGAACGCCAAAAACGCCGCCGCAUUCUAGACUCAUUAUCUCAAGGGUUGAGUAAGACAGGUUUUGAAGUUGCACAUGCAAAGAACAAAGCAACUUCUUCUAACUCUAGUACACUUUCAGAGGAAUCUAUAUCAAUACAUAGAGCAGUGGGAUCAGAAAGUAGAUCAGAUAGCCAGUGGAUUCAAUUCGAGGAGAAGGAAUUGCAGCAGCAAAGAAGCAGCACACAAACCAAGCCUGCCACGUGGUGGCAGCUAAUGAAGCCCUCCUCUUCUCCUCCUCUCAUCCACUUCAUCAACACCACCACGACCACAACUGAUCCAGAAGAUCAAACUCUUCAGCUCUUUCCGAUUCGGAGCAACGAUCAUAAUGCCUUUAAUGUCGAAAAAAAUGUCACUGAAGUGCCCAUGAUAGGUACUAUAGACACUAGCUUCACUCCGAACGAGUUUUUUGAGUUUCUUCCUGUGAAGAAAUGAAGAAAUUAUAAAGUUCUUGCUUGUCCAUGUAGUUGGAAAAAAUUGAUAAUCAUGAGUUUCAUGCAUAAUACUGUAUGAAGGAUUUUUAAGUACUUUUUGAUUUUGAUGAUCUUUGUUAGAAUCAUGGUUUUAAAU